AUGCCACCGACAAACAAUCGGCCGGAUGAGUUACCGCCGCCAAAGGCCGAUUUUAGUGCACCGCCCCCGUACGAAGCGACCGAUACGCAGCAGCAGCUCAACGAAUCGGUCCCGGUGCCGGAGCUAACCACCAAGCUGCCCACCUACGAGGAGGUGCAGAUGGAAAAGAUGAUCAACCACGAGCUGCCAAUACCACCGAUGGGACCGCAGAUGCCACCGCCCCCACCCAGCAUCACCUCCAUGGGUGGUCGCGGUCCGGGUGUACCCGGUGGACCGCAGGUUACGUUCAUAGCGAUCGAUGCCGACGGGGAAAACAUUACCGCCGACAACGGACUGCUCGGUACGGACAUCAUGUUCGUAACCGCUUUCCUAAUUGCGUUUUUGUUCAACUGGAUCGGAUUCUUGGUGCUGACGUGCUUCUGUCACACGAUCGCUGCCCGGUACGGUGCGCUGUCCGGGUUCGGGUUGUCGCUCGCCAAGUGGACGCUGAUCAUGAAACACUCGACCGACUUUGCGUCACACGAAAACUCCUGGCUGUGGUGGUUAAUAAUGGCGUUCGGCUUUUUGAUCUGCGUCCGGGCACUGGUGCAGUACAUUAGCAUUAAGCGGACCUGGCGUUUGCUGUCCACAUCCGCCCAGGAACGGCUUCUGUUCUUCUAUUAAUGCGGGUUCC